AUGUCUUAUGCUAGGGUUAGGGUUAGGGCAAGAGCCGGCUUGUGCUGGGGUUUGAUGAAAGGACGGAGAUCUGAGUGGCCCACGAGCUAUGUCAAUGGGCUCGGGUUUUCUGCGGACGAUGUUUUUCUUGCAUCCUCAUGUGACAAUAUGACCAGGAUUUGGGACGAUCAAAAAGCAAAUAUAUGGGAUCUGCAACAACAGACCUGUCAGGGCCCUGUUCCAGACGGAAAUAAUGACGAACUAAUCAAGCAAUCACGGGUCUCAGAAGAACAACUUGGGGUCAACGUGCUGGCCAUGCUUGAGGUCCUCUCUGGGUUUCCAGAAUCCGAGGAGACAACCAGUUCUAAUAUGUCCCUGAAUAUGGCAAUUAGAACAUGUUGGUGGAGCACGUCUUGGCGCGUUG